AUGGCUGAGAUUCAAUAUAUAUUUGUAUUGUACUUUACAUACAAUGGUCAUACUAAUACUGUCUCAUCAGUAUGCUUUUCUCCAGAUGGAUCUACUUUAGCUUCAGGUAGUUGGGAUAACUCAGUUCAUUUAUGGGAGGUUAAGAUAGGAUAAUAAAAAGCCUAAUUAGGUGGUCAUACUUGUUCUGUAUAUUCAGUAUGCUUUUCACCAGAUGGAACUACUUUAGCAUCAGGUAGUUAUGAUAAUUCAAUUCGUUUAUGGAAUGUUAAGACAGGAUAAUAACAAGCCAAAUUAGAUAGUCAUUCAUCUGGAAUCCUAUCAGUGUGCUUCUCACCAGAUGGAACUAAUUUAGCUUCAGGUAUUCAUGAUAACUCAAUCCGUUUAUGGGAUGUUAAGACAGGAUAAUAAAAAGCCAAAUUGGAUGGUCAUACAAAUUCUGUCCAAUCAGUAUGCUUCUCUCCAGAUGGAACUACUUUAGCAUCAGGUAGUGAUGAUAACUCAAUCCGUUUAUGGGAUGUUAUGAUAGGAUAAUAUAUUUAACCAUCAGAUUCAAAAUAUAAGGAUCUACUUGCAUAAUUCAAAAUUCCAUUAAUCUAAAAUACGCCAUUUGCAAAAGGUAUUAUUUGUAUUUAUUUUUAGUAACUUCUUAUAUCAAUAAUCUUCAAAUAUCUUAAGAAGUCAUAUUUUAAGCAAAGGGUGCUCUUAUCCUUUAAGGAAAAUUUGAAAAUCAAUCGGGAAUCAAUUUAAAAUUAUUAUUUCAAUAAAAAGGAAGUUAUUUUUUGGAAAAUACUUUUGAUGGUGAAGCUAAAGAAGAUUUGGAAGAUGAGGUGAAUGAAGAAUAAGCGGAAGAUGAAGAACAUGAGGAAGAUGAAGAAUAUGAGGAAGAUGAAGAAUAUGAAGAAGAUGAAGGACGUGAGCAGGAUUGA